AUGGCUCUAGAUCAUUUCAAUGCUGGUCUUGCUUUGGAGAAUAUCAUAUCGAACCUUGUGAKUUCAGGUCAUCGCRGUACUGUCUCGAUCAGUGCGCAUGGUGAUACGACCARGGAUCAUCACUUGCCCUCUGAAGGAGUCAAGCUCAAUCAUUUUCCAGCAGGUGUUCCAUUUGAGAGGUUUGGUCCUGUGAGGGAUGUCUAUAUCCCCAGAGACUAUUACUCAGGAAAAUACGCUGAUUGGAUACGUAUGUAUGUGGAGCUUGCAGUUCAUAAAAAGCAUCCAGAUGUCCUGUUAACAUCGAUGAUCAAAUGGCUGAAGAGGCAAUGGAACAUUGUUUCAACUGUGAACCUAGAUUGUAAGCUCGACCUCAAAGCUAUUGCUUUGCAAGCUCGCAAUGCUGAGUAUAACCCAAAGAUGUUGAAAGACGCAGGCUUUGAGGAUGUGUUCGCUGAAGAUCGUACUGAUCAGGAGGAUUACAAUGACAUAGUUGGAGGAUGGAAAUCAAAGCUUGAAAGGAGUACAUCUGGUGAACAAAAAUGGAUUUUAUUCAUCGCCAACAAAAAGUAG